AUGCCAAAACAUAAGUCUAGUAGUUACAAAGACCAAGUAAGAAAUCCUGAUGGAACUUUUUAUAAAAAAUUAAAAAAAGGAAAGGAAAUAGAAAGCACCCUUGGGAAUGAAGCUGAAUUGGACAAUGAUGAUUUCUUGGAAGAAACUCUUGAAAAUGAAGUUGAAUUGGGCGAAGACAAUUUUUUGGAAGUUCUUGAAAAUGAAUGA